AUGACCGAUGUUGAUAAGCCGCAUACUGGAGACUCGUGCUUUGAGGGCCGUGAAGGUGUUAUGUAUACUCGAGAUCAGCUGCUGCAAUUGAGGGAGCAAGAAGUUGAAUCUGAACUGUUUGUUGGAGGGCGAGGUCGUGCCGAUGCCAAUGUGAUAUGCGCUUUUUGUGUUGCCAGAAGUUGUCUCAUGCAUGUUUCUGUAGGUGCAGUUCUUGAUCGAUCUCUGAAACCAUCGUUUGUGACUCAGGGAGGAUCUACUCGUAUGCUAAUCAAAGCUGAAACGCCACGCUCAGCAGCGCAAAAGAGCAACUUUUUUGACAAAGAUCAUGUCUUGAAUACUGUGAUGGGAUACAGCUUUUGGUUAACUCAUAUUGAUUUGCAUAUACUCAACCCGCCAACUGUGACGAAAUUUGAUCUCCUCAAAAGGCAACUGAUUGCUUCAGCGAUAACUAAUGCGGACACUCUAAAGGAUGUUGUCUCCUUGAUAUUUAACAGCGCUGUACUAGAACCAACAUUUUGCCCGAUGUAUGCCCAGCUGUUUUCUGAUCUCAGUGAAAACCUGCCUCCAUUUCCUUCUGAUGAACCUGGUGGCCGAAAGAUUUCGUUCAAGCGUGUUCUGUUGAAUAAUUGUCAGGAAGCAUUUGAAGGUGCUGAAAAACUGCGAGAUGAAGUGAGGCAAAUGAUAGCCCCUGAGCAGGAGUCAGAACAAAAGGACAUAGAAAAGUUUUUCAAGUUGCGUAAUCUUGGGAAUAUUAAGCUUAUUGGCGAGCUUUUUAAUAUAAGAAUGGUCACAGAAAGUAUUGUUCGUCGCAUUGUUCAGGAACUAUUAGAACAAGAUCCCAAAAGUUGUCCUGAAGAAGAGAAAGUUGAAGCCAUUUGUCAGUUCUUCAAUAUCAUCGGCAAGCAACUUGAUGAGAACAAUAACUCAAGGAACGUCAACGAUAUGUACUUUAACCGGUUGAAGCAACUAUCAACAAACCCUCAGUUGGUUCCACGGCUAAGGUUUAUGGUUCGUGAUGUGAUGGAUUUACGUUCCAAUAACUGGGUUCCUAGACGGGAAGAGGUGAAAGCCAAAUCCAUCGCUGAGUUUCACUCAAAAGCACAAAAGACCUUGAGUUCGCGCCCUGGUGCCUCUGCAAGAAUGAGAAAUUGUCGUGGUCCUCCGGCUCAAGGGAGUUCCAGGUGGCUAUCAUUUCUGACCAUGUUUUUAAAAUCAAGCAAGAAGUUGAAGCUGAGCUUUUUGGUGAAGAUGCCAGUCGAGGUCACGUGAAUACAAGUACUACUCAAGACUCUCGUUUUGAGGGCCAUGAACGCGUUAGAUAUACUCUAGGUCAGCUGCUGCAACUGAAGGGCGAUAUUCUUAAACUCAAACAAGAAGUUGAAGCUGAACUGUUUGGUGAAGAUUCCAAUCAAGAUCAUGCAGAUAACAAUGUGAGUAGAGGGUUAGGGGGUGGGAGUGCGUCGGUAACAGUAGGGGGGUGUUCUUUAUUAGUGUCUGAAGUUUCUUGUUCGUGGGUUGAGUGUUGUCGAUGGUUUCGGAUAUAUAGUUUUUAGUAGUAUCUUGUGGCUAGCGUUGUUAGUUUAUUUUGCCUGUACAAGUUUAUAUGCAUUUAUGUUUUGUGUUUGCUAUAAUGUUAUUGGUUCUAA